AUGUCUCAAAUUGGACAGGCGACAGAUGUCAUCAACAUACCUCAGAUUGAUGUUCGGGAAAAUGAUGAUUCAAAAGUGAAGAAAAGAUUUAUUAUCACGUUGUUUAAACUCGGAAUUACAGAAGUUAUUUUAGGGAUUAUAUCAGUUUUGCUAGGUGUUUCUACAGUGACAUAUGCCGGGUUGAACACAUUCUCAUAUUAUCGGAAUUGGGAUGAGAAAUUGGUUCCAUAUCGUAUAAAUUACACCUAUACCUGGAUUGCUCAAGGAAUAUGGUGUGGGUUAAUCACCAUGACAUCUGGAAUUCUCGCAAUUGCAAUUAAGUAUCGACCUUCGCAAAGAUUUUAUAAUGUAAACAUAAUCAUGAGUGUCAUUGCUGCAACAAGCAUGGGUGUUCAAACUAUUUUGUCGGUGAUAUCUGCUCUGAUGCUUAGAAAUGUUGAUACCGUGAACGCCGUUAUCGCUUUACACGGUGCCAUUGGGUUUGUCGGAUUGAUUGGUAUUGUUAUCUGUAUCGUACAUUCAGCCUAUGGUUGUGCUGGAGUCUGCUGUCUCAACAGAUCAUAUGUGACACCAAUUGUAUAUAUUCCGCAAAAUAUGACAUCUGAAGAACACUCACGUAUUUGGAAGAUAAAAAAUGGACCGAGCAUCGUUGUAUCACCAGCUUCGACUGAGAGCAAUUAUGAAUUCAAUCCGUGCGUUUCCUCCAAGAAAAUAUUUGACUAGCAGCCAAUCGUAGAAAUAAAUGCAGACCGCAAAGACCAGAUAUAUAUCGUAAAAUUGCA